GUUUGCUGUAUCACAAAUCAGUUUGCAGUUUGCAAUUGAAAUAAUCACGCUGGGCAAUCGAAAUAAUUUACAAUGAAGAUAAUUCUGUUAAUAUGUGUUGUCUGCUUGAUCAGCUACGUAACUUCUGAACCUACUUGUCCCCCAUCAAGCGGUACUGAUUCACCGGUUUAUUUUGCCCAUCCGUCGGAUUGCAGCAAGUUUCUAACAUGCCAUCAGGGGAAUUUGUUAGAGUUCAGCUGUCCAACUGGAACGCUCUGGAAUGACAACGUUAAGGCGUGUGAUCUACCUGGAAACGUGUUUUGCUCGUCACAAUCAACGACUACAACGGAGUCUACAACCACUACCACUACCACGGAGCAAACUACCACUACAACCAGCGUGUUUCAAACUACAACCUCCACAGUAGCUGCUCCUACAACCACAUCUUCUGCUCCUACUGGAAAAUGUCCGGAUAAGCCCGAUCCGGAUCAUGACGUAUUCCUUCCUCAUGAAGAUUGUACCAAGUAUUACAUCUGCACAUGGGGAGGAGUUCCCGUUGAACAGAGCUGUCCUCCACAUUUGCACUGGAACCAACAGCAGUCAUACUGUGACUACCCACCUCAAGCAGGCUGCCCAGUUGAGAGUGCACUGCUGAUUCUGCUCCUUGCGUUAAUCGAAGACAGUUGGUCAGUUCAUCCGAUUUGCCAAAAUGCGGGUGCAUCUACACACAUCGCUCAUCCAACCGAUUGCGCCAAAUUUAUCAUCUGCAAUUGGGGUCAUCCAAUGACAAAAGACUGUCCGGUUGGCACUUUGUGGAACGAUUUCGUGAAAACUUGCGAUUUUCCUCGGAAUGUACGGUGCAAUGUGGGAUUGCAGAAAACUACGACGGUUGCGCCCAGGACCUCGCGAGUCGAAAACUGUCCGCAGGUAACUAACCAACUCGAGCCAUUUAAUGUGCCUCAUCAUGAUUGCAGCAAGUACUGUACGAUAAACGGGUCACAGAAAAUGACUUGCAAUCCGGGAUCUACAUGGAACGCCAGUACUCAUCGUUGCGAGGUAUCUGACCGGAUGAAUAAUGCGCCUAGUAGUCCCACUCGCACUCCAUCACCACCACUUCCUACAACAGUGAAACCAUCCACAACCACGUCACUUAGUGCUGAACCAAGCCGCUGCCCGAAAUUGAUUGAUCCCGCCAACCCAGUUUUUAUACCGCACCUAAACGAUUGCGGCAAGUUUUACGUUUGCACACUCAAGGGUCCGAUAGAGUUUUCUUGCAAAAAUGGCAACCACUGGAGUGCUAGUGAAAAUCGUUGCGUUGUACCCUGGGAUGCUGGAUGUGAUGUCAUCAGCUCGGAUACUUCUUCGACAACGGAACCGGAAUCAACUUCAACAAGCGAGACUACAACGGAACUUUCGAAUGACACCUGUCCAGAUUUGGUUGAUCCAAGCAAACCGGUUUAUUUACCGCAUCCUGAUAGCACUAAGACGUACGUCUGCAUAACUGGAAUUGGUCGCCUGGAGCUAAGAUGUCCCUCCGGUUUACGCUGGGAUCAAAAGGUUGGCUGUGUUCCAGAGGAGAUCACCAGUUUAUCAGCGGCAAAAUCGACGACUACCGUUGCCAAUGGUGCCAAUAAUGCUACAGAUUCCCUCGCGGAACCAGAUCUUGCAUUCAGCACAGAUGUGCCAAUAUUUGGAUGAUGAUUAACGACUCAAUUUUCUCUAACAUAUCUUCAUUAUUUCAUCUACAGUCUAUUAUAAGUUAUACUAUUAAAAACUUUAAUUGUGCCAUUAAAUAUUACACACAGCACAUUUAUCACU